UUCUCUCCACCAAAUUAAGGAAAGUUCUACAUUGACUGAGAGAUGUUCAUGAUGAAAUCAUUCACCUACAUCUUUGCUAAGUUUCUAGUUGUCUACUUGUUGUUUUUUCAUGCCAAUGCUGCAAUAAAAGGACGCUUUAAAAAGCUCUUAGAUGGUUCAAAAGGAGAGCUUAACGGCUCAUUUUCAGCUUACAACUUCUUAAGCAUCCACAGCUGCGGUGCGCAGUGCGUGGUGACGACGGGGUGCUGGGCGUGGUCGUACGACCGCUCGUCUGCUCGGUGCCACGUCUUCCCAGCGGCGGUGCCUCUCGUCACCACAGGCAUUCCUUCGUCCUUCAUGACUUUUGGAUCAACAAAAAACUUAAUUAACGGAUAUUUCGUGCCCACUAAUCGAGUUCAGUCAUGGACUGAUGGCAACAACACUUGCACAAAUUUGAGGGCAAAAAUGGCCUAUGUUCCUGACUCGAACAAAAUGCGUGAAAUAAUGGCUGCACUUUCAGACCUUGUUAUUUUCAUCGGCCUCCAGCGCACUUCGCCUGGUGCCUCAACUUGGAAAGACAGUUUCGGCAAUUCAGUUCCUGCGACAUCCAUUACCUGGCAACCAUCUCAACCAGAUAAUGCCAAUGGAAAAGAAAAUUGUUGUCUCAGCUUCAACGGAACUACCGCUGACAUCGACCCAAACGAAAUAAACCCACACUUCGUCCUAUGCACUAUUCCAAUUUAAAGUUUAUUUUGAACGCAUCUGGACAUACUACCAAUGAUUUCAUUCAGGUUUAAGAGAUUCACAUUUGAGAUUUCU